AUGACUGGGCCGGAUUAUUGGGGUCUUGUGAAUCGCGAUUGGUGGAUGUGUUCGCAUGGCAAACAGCAGUCUCCUAUCGACAUAGACCCAAAGGUGCUGUUGUUCGACCCGAACCUAAAGCCGCUGUACGUCGACAAAGUCAAUGGAACUCUGGAAAAUACGGGUCAAUAUUUGACUUUCGAAGUUGACGAAAAAUCAGGAUUUCCGGUAUUCAUUUCCGGCGGACCGUUAGGAGCCUACAAAUACCAGGCUUUCAAGAUCAUUCUGCACUUUGGUGACAAAGAGAAUUUUGGUUCUGAGCAUACGAUCGACGGAGAACAUUUCUCCGGAGAGGUAAGCGAAUUUCACUCGCGAAAUUCUCUUAUCACUCACUUUCUAAUGAAUAAGGACAAGAAGCUAUUUCGAAAGAAACUUAUCCAUGCAUAAAU